CCUCGCUCUGGUUAUCUGUCUUUCUCUCUCUGCCUAAUAAAUCGCCCUCUGCAAAACUCUUUGGGUCCAAUAGUUACUUAACCGGUAAGCUCACCGUGCCGCCAUGGCCUCUUCCCCAUUCCUGGGGCGAGGAAGCCCAAAAACCUCCGGGACAUCAAAUGGAGGGGAGGAGGUGAGCCCCAUCCCAUCCCACGACCCAGUUACAGAAGCAUAGCAUAGUGGUUAACAGCAUGACUUCUGGAGUCAGAGUACAUGGAUUCGAAUGCUAACAUUAACAAGCUGUGUGGCCAUGCGGAACUUGCCUAACCUCUCCGUGCUUAAGUUUCAACAUCCAUGAAAUUAAGGUACGAAUAGCAGCUGUAUUUAAAAGCACCUAGAACACACCUGUCUCGCAAACUACGUGUGAUACUCUAGGGCCUAGGCCAGGAUAAAGACGUAGGCUUUUACUCUGACGGAGGUCGGAAGCCAUUGGAGGAUUCUGAGAAGAGGAGUGACAGGACUCGCUUUAUAGUUUUAAAUUAUAACUAUAAAUUGUAGUUUUAAAACUCCUGUUCACUUUGACUUCUCCACCCCUCUCUUCCUUUCCUUAAAGGUUCUGGUUAAAACAGACUUCUCAUGCCCCUACUGCUCUCAGAAGUGAAUGGGUUAAGUUUAGCUCAGCCUCCCUUUUCCUACUUCAGUUCUUCCUGUGGCUGCUUCCCACUAACAAAAAGGAAGCAAUUCUAUCGGUUACUACUUAGUGCUAAGCACAUCCAGUGGGUAAAGUUCCCUAAAAUUCUCUGCGAAGAAAUUGGGACUUUUCACUAAAUCAGAAAUUUUACUUUUUCCCCUCCUGGGAGCUAAAGAUAUUGUUAAGAAGAAUUAACAUUUUGCUUCUCCAGUUGAACAUUUGCAGCGAUAAGUCAUGCAAAUAGAGCUCUCCACCUGCUUCUUUCUGUGCCUUUUGCGAUUCUGCUUUAGUGCCACCAGAAGAUACUACCUGGGUGCAGUGGAACUGCCAUGGGACUAUAUGCAAAGUGAUCUCGGUGAACUGCAUGUGGACACAAGAUUUCCUCCUAGAGUGCCAAGAUCUUUUCCAUUCAACACCUCAGUCAUGUACAAAAAGACUGUGUUUGUAGAAUUCACGGAUCACCUUUUCAACAUCGCUAAGCCAAAGCCACCUUGGAUGGGUCUGCUGGGUCCUACCAUUCAGGCUGAGGUUUAUGACACAGUGGUCAUUACACUUAAGAACAUGGCUUCUCAUCCUGUGAGUCUUCAUGCUGUUGGUGUAUCCUACUGGAAAGCUUCUGAAGGAGCUGAAUAUGAUGAUCAGACCACUCAAAGGGAGAAAGAAGAUGAUAAAGUCUUUCCUGGUGGGAGCCAUACAUAUGUCUGGCAUGUCCUGAAAGAGAAUGGUCCAAUGGCUUCUGACCCACUGUGCCUUACCUACUCAUAUCUUUCUCAUGUGGACCUGGUGAAAGACUUGAAUUCAGGCCUCAUUGGAGCUCUGUUAGUAUGUAGAGAAGGGAGUCUGGCCAAGGAAAGGACACAGACCUUGCACAAAUUUGUACUGCUUUUUGCUGUAUUUGAUGAAGGGAAAAGUUGGCACACAGAAACAAAGAACUCCUUGUUACAGGAUAGGGAUGCUGCAGCUGCUCGAGCCUGGCCUAAAAUGCACACAGUCAAUGGUUAUGUAAACAGGUCUCUUCCAGGUCUGAUUGGAUGCCACAGGAAAUCAGUGUAUUGGCAUGUGAUUGGAAUGGGCACCACUCCUGAAGUACACUCAAUAUUUCUUGAAGGUCACACAUUUCUUGUGAGGAACCAUCGCCAGGCCUCCUUGGAAAUCUCACCAAUAACUUUCCUUACUGCUCAAACAGUCUUGAUGGACCUUGGGCAGUUUCUACUAUUUUGUCAUAUCUCUUCCCACCAACAUGAUGGCAUGGAAGCUUAUGUCAAAGUAGACAGCUGCCCAGAGGAACCCCAACUACGAAGGAAAAAUAAUGAAGAAGAGGAAGACUAUGAUAAUGAUUUUGCUGAUUCUGAAAUGGACGUGGUCACAUUUGAUGAUGACAACUCUCCUUCCUUUAUCCAAAUUCGUUCAGUUGCCAAGAAGCAUCCUAAAACUUGGGUACAUUACAUUGCUGCUGAAGAGGAGGACUGGGACUAUGCUCCCUCAGUCCUUACCCCCAAUGACAGAAGUUAUAAAAGUCAAUAUUUGAACAAUGGCCCUCAGCGGAUUGGUAAGAAGUACAAAAAAGUUCGAUUUAUGGCAUACACAGAUGAAACCUUUAAGACUCGUGAACCUAUUCAGUAUGAAUCAGGAAUCUUGGGACCUUUACUUUAUGGGGAAGUUGGAGACACACUGUUGAUUAUAUUUAAGAAUCAAGCAAGCCGACCAUAUAACAUCUACCCUCAUGGAAUCACUGAUGUCCGUCCUUUGUACUCAAGGAGAUUAUCGAAAGGUGUAAAACAUUUGAAGGAUUUUCCAAUUCUGCCAGGAGAAAUAUUCAAAUAUAAGUGGACAGUGACUGUAGAAGAUGGGCCAACUAAAUCAGAUCCUCGGUGCCUGACACGCUAUUACUCUAGUUUCAUUAAUAUGGAGAGAGAUCUAGCUUCAGGACUCAUUGGCCCUCUCCUCAUCUGCUACAAAGAAUCUGUGGAUCAAAGAGGAAACCAGAUGAUGUCAGACAAGAGGAAUGUCAUCCUAUUUUCUGUAUUUGAUGAGAAUCAAAGCUGGUACCUCACAGAGAAUAUGGAACGCUUUCUCCCCAAUGCAGCUGGAGUGCAGCUUGAGGAUCCAGACUUCCAAGCCUCCAACAUCAUGCAUAGCAUCAAUGGCUAUGUUUUUGAUAGUUUGCAGUUGUCGGUUUGCUUGCAUGAGGUGGCAUACUGGUACAUUCUAAGCAUUGGAGCACAGACUGACUUCCUUUCUGUCUUCUUCUCUGGAUAUACCUUCAAACACAAAAUGGUCUAUGAAGACACACUUACCCUAUUCCCAUUCUCGGGAGAAACUGUUUUCAUGUCAAUGGAAAACCCAGGCCUAUGGAUCCUGGGGUGCCACAACUCAGACUUUCGGAACAGAGGCAUGACCGCCUUACUGAAGGUUUCUAGUUGUGACAAGAACACUGGUGAUUAUUAUGAGGACACUUAUGAAGAUAUUUCAACAUACUUGCUGAGUGAAAACAAUGGCAUUGAACCAAGAGGCUUCUCCCAGAAUUCAAGACACCCUAGCACUAAGCAAAAGCAAUUUAAUGCCACCACAAUUCCAGAAAAUGACAUAGAGAAGACUGACCCUUGGUUUGGACACAGAACACAUAUGCCUAAAGUACAAAAUGUCUCCUCUAGUGAUUUGCUGAUGCUUUUGCGACAGAGUCCUACUCCACAUGGGCUAUCCUUACCUGAUCUCCAAGAAGCCAAAUAUGAGACUUUUUCUGAUGAUCCAUCACCUGGAGCAAUAGACAGUAAUGACAGCCCAUCUGAAAUGACACACCUCAGGCCACGGCUCCAUCACAGUGGGGACAUGGUAUUUACCCCAGAGCCAGGCCUCCAAUUAAGAUUAAAUGAGAAACUGGGGACAACUAUGGCAACAGAGUUGAAGAAACUUGAUUUUAAAAUUUCUAGUUCAUCAAAUAAUCUGACUUCAACAAUUCCAUCAGACAAUUUGGCAGUAGGUACUGAUAAUACAAGUUCCUUAGGAUCCCAAAAUAUGCCAGUUCAUUCUGAUAGUCAGUUAGACACCACUCUAUUUGGCAAAAAGUCAUCUCCCAUUAUUGAGUCUGGUGUACCUCUGAGCUUGAGUGAAGAAAAUAGUGAUUCAAAGUUGUUAGAAUCAGGUUUAAUGGAUAGCCAAGAAAGCUCAUUGGGAAAAAAUGUAAUAUCAACAGAAACUGGUAGGUUAUUAAAAGAGAAAAGAGCCCAUGGACUUGCUUUGUUGACUAAAGAUAAUGCCUUAUUCAAAGUUGGUAUCUCCUUGUUAAAGACAAAAGAAUCUUCCAAUAAUUCAGCAACUAAUAGAAAGACUCACACUAAUGGCCCAACAUUAUUAAUUGAGAAUAGUACAUCAGUCUGGCAAAAUAUAUUAGAAAGUGAUACUGAGUUUCAAAAAGUGACACCUUUGAUUCAUGACAGAAUGCUUACAGACAAAAAUACUACAGAUUUGAGGCUAAAUCAUAUGUCAAAUAAAACUACUUCAUCAGAAAACAUGGAAAUGGUCCACCAAAAAAAAGAGGGACCCAUGCCACCAGAUGCAGAAAAUCCAAAUAUGCCAUUCUUUAAAAUGCUAAUCUUGUCAAAAUCAGCAAAUUGGAUACAAAGGAGUCAUGGAAAUAACUCCCUGAACUCUGGGCAAGGCCCUAGUCCAAAGCAAUUAGUAUCCUUAGGACCAGAAAAAUCUGUGGAAAGUCAGAAUUUUUUGUCUGAGAAAAAUGAAGUGGUAGUAGGAAAGGACGAAUUUACAAAGGACACAGGACUCAAAGAGAUAAUUUUUCCAAGCAGCAGAAACCUAUUUCUUACUAACUUGGAUAAUUUACAUGAAAAUAAUACACGCAAUCAAGAAAAAAAUAUUCAGGAAGAAGUAGAAAGGGAGGAAACAUUAAUCCAAGAGGAUGUAGUUUUGCCUCAGAUACAUACGGUGACUGGCACUAAGAAUUUCAUGAAGAACCUUUUCUUACUAAGCACUAGACAACAUGUAGAAGGUUCAUAUGAGGGGGCAUAUGCUCCAGUACUUCAAGAUUUUAGGUCAUUAAAUGAUUCAACAAAUAGAACAAAGAAACACAAGGCUCAUUUCUCAAAAAAAAGAGAGGAAGAAAACUUGGAAAGCUUGGGAAAUCAAACCAAGCAAAUGGUAGAGAAAUCUCCGCAUACCACAAGGCUAUCUCCUAAUCCAAGCCAGCAGAAUGUUGUCACUCAACGUGGUAAGAGAGCUUUGAAACAAUUCAGACUCCCAGUAGAAGAAACAGAACUUGAAAAGAGGCUAAUUGUGGAUGACACCUCAAUCCGAUGGUCUGAAAACAUGAAACACUUGACCCCGAGCACACUCACAAAGAUAGACGUCAAUGAAAAAGACAAAGGGGCCAUUACUCAGUCUCCCUUAUCAGAUUGUCUUACGAGGAAUCAUAGCAUCACUCAAGCAAAUAGAUCUCCAUUACCCAUUGCAAAGGUAUCAUUAUUUCCAUCUAUUAAUCCUAAAGAUCUGAGCAGGGUCCCAUUCCAAAACAACUCUUCUCAUCUUCUAGCACCAUCUUAUAGAAAGAAAAUUUCUGGGGUCCAAGAAAGCAGUCGUUUCUUACAAGGAGCCAAAGAAAAUAACCUUUCUUUAGCCAUUCUAACCUUGGAGAUGAUUGGUGAUCAAAGAGAGGUUGGCUCCCUGGGGACAAGUGCCACAAAUUCAGUCAUGUACGAGAAACUUGAGAACACUAUUCUCUUGAAAUCAGGCUUGCCCGAAACAUCUGGCAAAGUUGAAUUGAUUCCAAAAGUUCGCAUUUAUCAGAAAGACCUUUUGCCUACAGAAACUACUAAUAGGUCUCCUGGCCAUCUAGAUCUCAUGGAAGGGAGCCUUCUUCAGGAAACAGAAGGAGCGAUUCAGUGGAAUGAAGCAAACAGACCUGGAAAAAUUCCCUUUCUCAGAGGAGCAACAGAAAGCUCUGCAAAGACUCCCUCCAAGUUAUUGGGUCCUCUUGCUUGGGAUAACUACUAUGGUAUUCAAAUAUCAAAAGAUGCGUGGAAAUCCCAAGAUAAGUCAGCAGAAAACACUGCUUUUAAGAAAAAGGAUACCAUUUUGUCCCUGAACCCCUGUGAAAGCAAUCAUGCAAUAGCAGCAAUAAAUGAGGGACAAAAUAAGCCCCAAAUAAAAGUCACCAGGGCAAAGCAAAGUGAGACUGAAAGGCUGUGCUCUCAAAACCCACCAGUCUUGAAACGCCAUCAAAGGGAAAUAAUGCUUACUACUCUUCAGUCAGAUCAAGAGGAAAUUGACUAUGAUGAUACCAUCUCAAUUGAAAUGAAGAAGGAAGAUUUUGACAUUUAUGGUGAGGAUGAAAAUCAGAGCCCCCGCAACUUUCAAAAGAAAACACGACACUAUUUUAUUGCUGCAGUGGAGCGGCUCUGGGAUUAUGGAAUGAGUAGCUCCCUGCAUGUUCUAAGAAACAGGGCUCACAGUGGCAGUGUCCCUCAGUUCAAGAAAGUGGUUUUCCAGGAAUUUACUGAUGGCUCCUUUACUCAGCCCUUAUACCGUGGAGAACUAAAUGAACAUUUGGGACUCCUGGGGCCAUAUAUAAGAGCAGAAGUUGAAGAUAAUAUCAUGGUAACUUUCAAAAAUCAGGCCUCUCGUCCCUAUUCCUUCUAUUCUAGCCUUAUUUCUUAUGAAGAAGAUCAGAGGCAAGGAGCAGAACCUAGAAAAACCUUUGUCAAGCCUAAUGAAACCAAAACUUACUUUUGGAAAGUGCAGCAUCAUAUGGCACCCACUAAAGAUGAGUUUGACUGCAAAGCCUGGGCUUAUUUCUCUGAUGUUGAUCUGGAAAAAGAUGUGCAUUCAGGCCUGAUUGGACCCCUUCUGGUCUGCCACACUAACACACUGAACCCUGCUCAUGGGAGACAAGUGACAAUACAAGAAUUUGCUCUGUUUUUCACUAUCUUUGAUGAGACCAAAAGCUGGUACUUCACUGAAAACAUGGAAAGAAACUGCAGGGCUCCCUGCAAUGUCCAGAUGGAAGAUCCCACUUUUAAAGAGAAUUAUCGCUUCCAUGCAAUCAAUGGCUACAUAAUGGAUACACUACCCGGCUUAGUAAUGGCUCAGGAUCAAAGGAUUCGAUGGUAUCUGCUCAGCAUGGGCAGCAAUGAAAACAUCCAUUCUAUUCAUUUCAGUGGACAUGUGUUCACUGUACGGAAAAAAGAGGAAUAUAAAAUGGCAGUGUACAAUCUCUAUCCAGGUGUUUUUGAGACAGUGGAAAUGUUACCAUCCAAAGCUGGAAUUUGGCGGGUAGAAUGCCUUAUUGGCGAGCACCUACAUGCUGGGAUGAGCACACUUUUUCUGGUGUACAACAACAAGUGUCAGACUCCCUUGGGAAUGGCUUCUGGACGCAUUAGAGAUUUUCAAAUUACAGCUUCAGGACAAUAUGGACAGUGGGCCCCAAAGCUGGCUAGACUUCAUUAUUCCGGAUCAAUCAAUGCCUGGAGCACCAAGGAGCCCUUUUCUUGGAUCAAGGUGGAUCUAUUGGCACCAACGAUUAUUCAUGGCAUCAAGACCCAGGGUGCCCGUCAGAAGUUCUCCAGCCUCUACAUCUCUCAGUUUAUCAUCAUGUAUAGUCUUGAUGGGAAGAAGUGGCAGACUUAUCGAGGAAAUUCCACUGGAACCUUAAUGGUCUUCUUUGGCAAUGUGGAUUCAUCUGGGAUAAAACACAAUAUUUUUAACCCUCCAAUUAUUGCUCGAUACAUCCGUUUGCACCCAACUCAUUAUAGCAUUCGCAGCACUCUUCGCAUGGAGUUGAUGGGCUGUGAUUUAAAUAGUUGCAGCAUGCCAUUGGGAAUGGAGAGUAAAGCAAUAUCAGAUGCACAGAUUACUGCUUCAUCCUACUUCACCAAUAUUUUUGCCACCUGGUCUCCUUCAAAAGCUCGACUUCACCUCCAAGGGAGGAGUAAUGCCUGGAGACCUCAGGUAAAUAAUCCAAAAGAGUGGCUGCAAGUGGACUUCCAGAAGACAAUGAAAAUCACAGGAAUAACUACUCAGGGAGUAAAAUCUCUACUUACCAGCAUGUAUGUGAAGGAGUUCCUCAUCUCUAGCAGUCAAGAUGGCCAUCACUGGACUCUGUUUUCUCAGAAUGGCAAAGUAAAGGUCAAGCAUGGAACAAAACAUGUUGCAGGAUAAGAUCAAUACAGUCUUGAAGUCAAAAGGCAAAUCAUUUGGACAAUCUGGAAAAUGGAGUUAAUACAACUACUGCAUUAAAGUCUGUUUUUGCUUCCUUACACAUAGAUAGAAUUAUGUUAGUCAGCUUGAGGCAUUGUGAAGGCCACAUUACUAUCUCCAAAACUAGCAUUCUUAAACUGAGAAUCAUUGAUGGGGUUCAAGAAUCCCUAAGUCCCCUGAAAUUAUAUAAGACAUUCUGUGUAAAUGCAAAUAUGCAUUUUUUCUGAUGAGUGUCCAUAGAUUUAAUCUCAGAAAGAUGUAAAGCCAUUUGGUCUUAAUUCUGACCAAUAAAAAAUAGGUCAGGAAGAUGGAAUCGUUGAAAGCUUUGAAAUGAAAUAACAAUGUCUUCUUCAAAUUUGUGAUGGCCAACAAAAAAAUGAUAAUGAUAAUAGGCUUCUAAAACACAUAUAUUUAAUAUUUAUGUGUAAAUUGAGGAAAAUACAUGGUUGUCUGAGAUAGGAGAUACAAACUUUAUAAUUCUAAUAAUGCACUCAGCUUACUCUCUCCCUCUCCUAAUUUCCUGAUGAAAACAACAAAAAUGUAACAGGGUAAAUUUUAUACCAUGAUUGAAAAUUAGAGUGCCACUUACAUAGUUGAAAUAUCAAGGAGGUCAGAAGAAAAUUGAACUGCUGAAAACAGAAAAAACAGUCCAGUCUGCCAUAUCACCACACAAUAGGAUCCCCCAUCUUGCUCUACACCCCCAUAAGAUUGCUCCUUCCAUCUGCCUGACCCCUUCACUAUGACCACAUAACAUCCCCUGAUAGUAAAGGGGGCUGGAGGCAAGGAUAAGUUAUAGAGCAGCUGGAGGAAGCAUCUGAAGAUUGCAGCCCAGGGCAAUUUGGAAACAGGAGAUUCUAGUAUGAAAGAAAAAUGGAUGCCAAUCUGAGAAAAGGCAAAA